AUGGCUACCCCUAUUUCUACUCCAUCCCUGGGGUCACAUCGUUCGUUGUCGCCUCCAAAUACUCCUGGAGCGUCAACACCUCCAAAUAUCUAUCAAAACAGCACAGAUCCCGACACGUCGUGGGUCGUUCAAAAGUUCGGAGGCACGAGUGUCGGCAAAUUCGCCAUCAAGAUUGCGGAAGAUGCCGUAUCAGGAUAUCUUGACACUCACAAGAUUGCCGUCGUCUGCUCUGCUCGUUCUGGGUCGACGAAAGCAUUGGGCACCACGAAUCUCCUGCUAAAGGCAGCUACAGAGGCCCUCAAUUCUCGUGCUCCUAGUUCUGUGCCCACUCCAGGCAUCAGCACGCCUUGGUCUGCUCCUUGGGGCCCAACGCCACCCUCGUUUUCCCCACCACUUACGCCCCUGAAGCGGAGCUUAUCGAUUGGUCGUUCAAACAUGAAUGGAUCGAUAGGGUUUACUCCAGCGAGCUCAUUCAAUGCCACUGUCGACUUGAUCCGUAGCGAGCACCUCACGGCUGCUCGGAGUCUCAUUCGAGAUCAAACGCUCCUCAAACACCUCGAAGCCGAGUUUGAGCGUGACUGUGAAGGUCUUAGGACUUUCUUGUUUGCUGCUCAGGUGAUUGACGAAAUAUCCCCUCGGUCCAAGGACAGUAUCAUUGGCAUUGGCGAGCGUAUGGCCUGCAAGUUGAUUGCGGCCGUCCUGAGAGAUAGGGGAAUCGACUCUGAAUUUGUAUCGCUGGAGAACAUUGUUCCCAGCUGGGACGAUAUUGACGCAAAGUCCGAGGCCGCCCUGGAUCAAAGUUUCUACGACAGACUAUCCAAAGUCAUUGGAGAGCGUGUCAAGCAAUGUGGGACCCGGGUUCCUGUGGUCACUGGGUUCUUUGGACCCGUUCCGGGCUCGCUGCUUCGACAGGUUGGAAGAGGAUACACUGACCUGCUUGCUGCUCUACUGGCAGUCGGCUUGGACGCAGCCGAGCUACAGAUCUGGAAAGAGGUUGAUGGCAUUUUCACCGCAGAUCCUCGCAAGGUCCCAACUGCGAGGCUCAUCCCCUCCAUCACCCCCGACGAAGCGGCAGAGUUGACAUAUUACGGGAGCGAGGUCGUUCACCCAUUCACCAUGGAGCAGGUCAUCCGUCGUAACAUUCCUAUACGUAUCAAGAAUGUUGAAAACGCGGCUGGUGGAGGGACGUUGAUUCGGCCCCCACAAGAAUCCGACUCUCCCAAGGACUUGCCAAUCGUGCCUGCUGUCACCACCAUUUCCAACCUGUCCAUGAACGGGAACAAACAAAAGCUGCCAACUGCAGUAACGUUUAAAGAGGCCAUUGUCAUGAUCAACAUUAGCUCGAACCGAAAGAGCGUGUCUCAUGGUUUCCUUGCACGUAUCUUUGGAAUCCUGGACAAGUAUGGCUUGACUGUCGAUUUGAUCUCUACGAGCGAGGUUCACGUCAGUAUGGCCGCGGAGAAUCGUCUUGGAAAGAAGGCGCUAGACCGCCUCAUCUCCGAACUGGAAAAGCUGGGGACAGUCACUGUAGCACAUGAUAUGGCCAUCCUCUCGUUGGUGGGGCGGCAAAUGCGCAAUAUGGUCGGUAUUGCUGGUCGCAUGUUCUCUACGCUAGCCGCGGGAAAGGUCAAUAUCGAAAUGAUCAGCCAGGGAGCAUCCGAAAUCAACAUCUCCUGUGUUAUUGAUGGACGCGACGCCAUCAAAGCCCUCAACCUCAUUCAUCAGAGCUGCCUACAAAUUAGUCCCGAGAUAGGUUCACCUCGUCUUGGCCCGUGGUUGUUCUGA